UUACAAAUUGAAGCUGUGUCUUGCAUUGCACAGAAAUAAUUUGCAGUUAGCAAUCGUUGCUGUUGUGAUUGUUUCAGAAAGCAUCUUCUACCGCUAACAACUGCGAGAUGGUCGCCAACGAUUGGGAUAGUAUAAGAAAGCAGGCCCGACACUUGGAAAACGACAUCGAUUUGAAGCUAAUUGCCUUCAAUAAAGUCGGUGUUGGUGCUGCUAGUGCGGCAACUGUUCCGGCAGGCACUUCCGACACGUCGCCACUUCUGGGUGAUCAUGUAUUCGAAACCUUAUCAAUAGAAAUAGAACAAAUGCUAGACAAAUUAUCAAAUAUCAAUGAAAAAAUGUCGGAAAUUCCAAACAGCGGAACUGCAGUAUUACACGUUCUGCAAAGGCACCGCGAGAUACUGCAUGGAUACCGACAGGAGUAUUUGAAAAUCCAGGCCAAUCAUACGACUCGAAUGGAAAGAGAAGAGCUGUUGCGUGGCUCCGGAUUGGGAAGUGCGGGUUCACCGUCAACAUCCGGCCUCAGCCGGAGGGACAUGUACCUUAAGGAAAAUACCCAUCUUCACAACUCUAGCUCUCUGGUGAACGACCAGAUCAGUAUAGCGAUGGAAACGAAGGAACAUUUGUCUUCACAGCGACAGCAUUUAAAACGGUUCCAAACGCGAAUGCACGAUAUAUCCAACAGAUUUCCGCUCAUAUCAAGCUUAAUUCAACGGAUCAACAUUCGGAAGCGAAGAGAAUCCCUUAUACUUGGAGCAGUGAUCGCAGUUUGUACUAUUUUACUAUUAUUGUACGCCUUUCAUUGACUCCCAAGGCACGAAACGGAUAACAACUAAUGGUAUGGGCGGAGAAAAAUAACUUGCAAAGCAUAUUUCAUGCGAUUUUUAUCUUAAAGAUGGAACAAGUCCAAGAAAAGUAAAACCAUUAACAAUGAAAUGUAUAGAAAAAUAUUGGUAACCAUAAAUAAAAAAAAUUGUG